AUGUACAAGCUGACAGCCAUCAUUUUACUUCUUCUACUGCUUUUCACCGAACCAGUUUUUCCAUCAAGGAAGAUACGUCCAAAUCGUCCGCAGUCUGGCUCUGGAAUGACAGUGUGGAAGAAUGACAAGGCAAGCGUGAACGUUCAGCUCCCGUGGUCAAAAAUUGGCAAGGAAGGUAAAAGAGGUCUCAAGAAAACGGGCAAGGAACUAGGAAGAUUCGGGAAAAGGGCCGGCAAGGAAGCUAAAAGAUUCGGAAAGAGAAUCAAAAAGAAGCUCAAAAAAAUCUUCGGGAAAUAA